UUUGAACGGUCUAACGGGCGGGCACACUAGUUCGCACGUGUUGCGAUUUGCGUGUUUUGGGUGCAUUCUUUAGAGGAUUUCUCGCGUGGAUCAUGGGCAAAUUCCGGUCGAAACUUAAGCGACAUGGCAAAGGGAAGACGUGGAGCAAGGGCCAGUCGGCCACCUCCAAUCCCGACCAGAUGAAGCACCGUCUAAAGGCCAAGUCGCGUUUCUUUCAGCCGAAUCUAAGUUUGGCUGCUGCUACGCCCACCGGCUUGACAAUGGAGGCGGUCCACAAGCAUGAGCAACGACAGGCUUUUAACAAGGAAACCACAACGGUUAAUGAUGUUGCCGGUAGUUUAAAGAGUUUCAGGCUGGACGAUGAUGAUGGAAUGUCCGAGUCAAACACAGCGCCCACAGGCACCUUCAAGACCUUCCAAACCUUCGCUUCCAACUACAGCAGCUGCAGCAACACAAGCUUCCGUAAACUACUUACAGGCUUUCGAGCAUCGUCCGAUCUUCACAAGGAGAUGCUAGCCAUUCUAAGCGCCCUAACCGAAAUAAUUAGGGAGAAUGGUGGCGGUGAGUCGUCAACGGAGUACUUCCUGCUGCUCAUGGAACAAAUUGAGGGUGCCACCGAGGAGCGGGACAUCGUGGCCGGCGUGGCACUGCUCGCCAUGGGCAUCAAGUCAGUGCCAGCUCCAGUUCUCAGAAAGAGAUUCGCCCAGACUGCUGCCACUAUGCAGACACUGCUCCAGCGAUUUGUGGAAGCCACCAACCAGUCGGUCAUCCGAUAUGUUAUCGGCUGCCUGUCCGUCCUUCUGCGUGCCCAAGAUUAUGCGACAUGGACUUAUAGUUCCACGUUCCAGUACUUCGAUGCUCUUUUAGCAUUUAGCAUUCACUCCAAGCCGAAGAUUCGCAAGGCAGCGCAGCAUGCGGUGGUCUCAAUUAUACACGGCAGCUGCUUUAUGCUGCCGCCGACCAAGUCCGAUGAGGAUCAGGAGGAUGCGACGGAGAAGAAGACUGUGGAGCAGUCAAAGGUUAAGUACCAUCCGGCUAGCAGUCGCGUGACAAAAUUCUGUUUGGCUCAGUUCAAGCCGGAGGUGCUAGCUAAUGCCCAGACGACGGUGCUUCAUACGCUGGCGCUUCUUAAAGAUACACUAUCAGGUUUCCGAACAGAGGACAUACGAAGUGUUUGCGAGCACCUGCUAUCCAUUAUGACGGCGGCCAAUGUGCUAGUGAGGACUAAUUGUUUCGAGGCGUUGCAUGCCCUCUUCCUGACGAGGAGCCCCAAUUUGAAUGCCACUUUGUGCGCUAAACUACUGGCAGCGAUUCACGAAUAUCGACCGGAUAGGAGCGAUGUCCGCCAGACGCUGGCUUGGGUGACGGUCCUCAAGCAGGGUCAUCUCCAUUUGGCCAGCCUACAGCUGGAUCUUUGUAUGCAGGCCUUGCCCCGUCUAGUCGAUGUCUGCACUACGGAUCUUUGGCUCUCGGACCGGACAGAGCUGGUUGUGGGUGUCUCGAAUUGCAUCAAGGAACUGCUGCAGGAUUGUGUGGCACAGGCAUGUGCCACAGAGGAAGAUGCACAGCGAAACAGGGCGAGUGUUGCCAGGAUUAUCGGUUCGCUUCACAAGGCGUUGAAUACGCCCUUCGGAGAGAUCUCGAAGUACGUGAUCUUGAUCUUCUCCAUUGUGUUUGAGUCCUGUGGAAAGCAAUUUGGUUCUGAACUCACACCCUCCCUGGUGACAAUCUCCAAGCGGUAUGACAGUCAGAGCACCUAUCGUCUGCAGAUCGAGCAUACUCUAAUCAGUGCCAUCAAGGCUUUGGGACCGGAACUGAUUAUUACAGCGAUACCCCUUGCAAAUAACACUGGCGAUAUGCAACUGGAGCGUUCUUGGCUUCUGCCUCUACUUCGCGAGGGUGCCAAUGGAGCUAGUCUGCAGUUCUUUAAGGAGAAGAUUGUCCAACUGGUCAUAGGAUGCCAACAAAAGUGUAGGGAGUUCACAGAAGCCAAGAAUAAGUCUUCGGCUCACAUCUACGAACUGUUAUCCUGUCAAUUGUGGGGCUUGUUCCCAGGCUUCUGCCGUCAGCCAAGGGAUCCGGAUUACUUCCGACACCUUGCUCCUACUUUGGGUGGCGCCCUGGAAAAUAAUCCGGAGUUUAGGGCGCCCAUUUACGAUGGUUUAAUGGAGCUGCUUAGCGACAAUCAGAGCGCAGAAUGCCAUCAGGCAAUUGGCCUGUAUUCCAAAAACUUUCUUCCGCGUUUAUUUAAUAUUUAUACACAAAAGCCAAGUGGGACUUACGAGGCCGAUCAGCGGAAGCGUGUCCUGGAUGUCAUCCGUUUGUAUAUCUCAAGGACACCCGCCGAUGUCCAAUUGCAGCUAUUCGAGAACGCUCAAGGGCAAUUGGCUGCCAGUGCUGUAGCCAGUUUUGAAUACGAUGCUCUGUUUGAUAUUAAUGCUGCUAUUGUGCGCGUCCAAAAGUGCAAGGGAAUCGAAGCAUAUUUCGAGAAGUACAUGGCACCUAUUCUGAGAAACGAUAAAUCAAAAUUGGUCAGCAAGGAUGAGCAAAAAUUGAAGAAGCAGCAGAGGAAGACCUACGAACUCCUUAGGGAACUGAUGACCUCGGAACAGGCAUCGUGUCAGAAGUUCACCCGCAAGAACAGCAUCGCUCUGCAGCAAAUCCUUCUCGAAGCAUUCACCACUAGCUGUAGCGUUUGCCAGGCAUCGCGUUUGUACUGCCUGAAAUCUCUGAUGGACUGCCGCAGCAAUCUGUCAUAUAACGAUCAAAUAGUAAUGAAGGCUAUUCCCGAGGCUGUACUCAACUAUAAGGAGUUCUCUACACGCAAGGAGCAGGUGGCCGAGCAGAUAAUCAAAUCUAUCACGCAACUCUACCAAGAUGCCGGCAAGAUCAACGAAUUUGUUGAUAUUCUAACAGCUGGAUUUGCCGGUGAUGAAUCGCUGGUGACAAACACGAUUUUGGCCUUUAGGGCUGUGCUGCAGCAGCAGGGUCAACAUUUGACGGUGGCCACGCUGGAGUUCGUCCUGCAACAGGUGUCAGUCUUCCUCGUUCAGAAGUCCCGGAAUCAAUCGGAGGCAGCCGUUGCCUUUCUGAUUACGUUCAUCAAAGUGAUGCCAAUAGCGCUCGUGGCUAAUCACCUGGAGACUAUUAUGCGUUCCUUGUCUGCUAUGGCCAAGGACACUAAGCGAUACUGUCGUAUCCAGAUCGGUUACUUCCUAAAGAAGCUCUGUAAACGUUUUAGCACUGAGGAGCUGGCUCGCUUUGUUCCCGGCGAUGAUGAGGUUACCCACCGGCGGCUCAAGAAGAUCCGCAAGCAGAUGCGCAGGGAUACGCGUAAGAAGCAAAGUGAGGAGGCCCAGGCCGAUAGCUCCGAUGAGGAGCUCAUCGGCGGACUAGAGCAGAAGAGCUAUACCAUUGAUGAUAUUCUGGCUGAUUCUGAUUCGGAUUUGCCUGAGGAUAUGGAUGCCGAGGAAGAGGGCGGAGCAGGAAACGCUGCUGGAAAGCGAAGCAAGAAAACCAAGCAGCAGAAGAGCACUUACAUUCGCGAGGAUCCCGAUGAGAUUGUCGAUUUGGCCGAUCUCAAGUCCAUUGGCAAUGUGCUGACUAGUGGCUCCGCUCAAACGGAAGCCACUGUCAAGAGCCUGAAGGCGAAAAAGCAGCUGCCGAAUGGAGGAUUCAAGACUGCCGACGAUGGACGCCUGAUCAUCAGUGACAAGGCACUUCGUGGUCAAGGUGGAGACGAUGAUUCCGAAUCUGACUCCGAUUCCGAUGCAUCGAUGGCUGAUGGCACUGUAGCCAAGGAGCCAAAGGCCAAGCGCGGCAUGGAAGAUGAUUCCAGUGAUGAGGAUGAACUACAGCAGAAACAAUCGACGGGUGCUAAGAGGACACGCAAGGGUGGCGAUGCGAUGAGUAUGAAAUCUGGAAAAACAAGCGCCAGCAGUCGCUACACAGCUGGUGGCAAGGGCAUCCAUCGACAACUGGCAGCUGGAAACUCGGAUGCUAUGUCCGUUAAAUCCGGAAAGUCUACCAGCCGACCAGCUGGCACAGAAUACAGCAGCAAAAAGGCCAAGGGCGAUAUGAAGAAACGAGGACAACUUGAUCCAUAUGCGUAUAUACCACUUACAAGGAAUAACCUCAACAAGAGAAAACGUUCAAUGAACUCACGGAAAUUCAAGAGUGUUUUGCGAGGCGCUGGUGGAGGUGAAACAGGAGGAGGUGGAGGUGGCAGCGGCCGGGUUUCGAAGAAAUACAAAUAGGGUGGAACUAAAGCCACUAACUAACUGGAUCAUAAAGUUAUAGAGAUAUAGAUAUAUAUAUGAUAACACUGGCAUAGUGCGGACGGCUGAUAAGCAAGCUUAGACGUUGAUGGUUAUUUCCCCUGUUACCUUGCUUAAAUAUAUAAAUAUUAUUAAAUAUCUAUGCAUACGGAGACGUUGUAAAUGACACGAGAUAAACUUAAAGAAAAUAAUAGUCAUGUAUUAAAUGAAAACAGUUUUUUUAGUUGUUGAACUUCAAGGACUAUGAAUAAAGAAUUUUCAAAGCAAAA